CCUGGAUUCCAUUUGCAUAUCUACUAUAGCUUUAACAAGAAGGUUUUAUAUAUUCGCGGACUUAAUUGGGCUUUUCACGGACCAUCUCCUGUAUCUUGUUCGGUUCUAUAAAGCUUCGUUGCACGACUCUUGUAUGGGUGCCGAUAUCCUUGAUUCCUUUCAGCCAUAAGCACAGAAUGUCUUUCUCCUCGCGGACUCUUUUUUCCUUAUCAAGAUCGGGGACACGAAUAGCCUCCAAGGCAACCCCGCAAUGUAUUGCACGUCAGGCACGUUGCUUUUCAGCGACGUCUCCGUCUCGGAUCAUGGAGCUGUCCGGCUUCUCCGAAGAGCAGCUGGCAGUCCGAGAUGCCAUCACUAAAAUCUGCUCGGAUUUUCCGGACGAGUACUGGGCCAAGCAUGAUGAAUCGGGUGAGUACCCUCACGGUCUCCACGCAGCGCUGGCCCGAGACGGUUGGAUCGGAAUUGCAUUGCCGGAAGAGCUGGGAGGCGCGGGACUCGGCAUUUCGGAGGCGACGAUGAUGCUCCAUACCAUCUCGGAGAGCGGAGGUGGCAUCGCUGGCGCGCAAUCAAUACACGCCAAUGUCUACGCGACGCAACCGGUGGCUAAGUUUGCCUCCGCAGAGCAACGGCAACGAUGGCUGCCGGAGUUGAUUAGAGGGGAGAGGAGGGUAUGCUUUGGCGUCACGGAGCCGAACACGGGGCUCGAGACGCUGAAGCUGCAAACGACGGCCAAGAAAGAUGGGGAUUCGUACAGUGUCACGGGGCAGAAGAUUUGGAUCUCGUCCGCGCAGGUAGCGACUAAUAUGAUUCUGCUGGCGCGUACGACGCCGCUGGACCAGGUGAAAAAACCGUCGGAAGGACUGUCGUUGUUCUUCAUUCCCCUCGAUAAAUCUCAACCGGGUCUUGAAAUGACUAAAAUCAAGAAGAUGGGUGGUCGAGCGAUCGAUGCCAACCAAAUCUUCUUCGACAACUAUCGGAUACCUGCCGAUUCACUGAUUGGUGAAGAAGGCCAAGGCUUCAAGAUCGUUCUUCAUGGCAUGAAUGCCGAACGUUGUCUCCUCGCCGGAGAAGCAUUGGGACUCGGCUACGCCGCCCUUCAAAAGGCGGCCACCUACUCGCGCAACCGAGUGGUGUUUGGUCGACCGAUUGGGCAGAAUCAAAGUAUUCAACAUCCGUUGGCAUCGGCAUACAUGCAUCUGGAAGCCGCGAAACUGGCCACGUAUCAUGCUGCCAGAUUGUACGACAGGAGCAAAGAAGACAAAAGCAUCACGGCGAAAGCUGUCGGUGUUGCCGCAAACAGCGCGAAGUACUUGGCAGCCGAGGCAGCCUUCACGGCGUGUGAGAGGGCGGUCAUGACCCAUGGAGGAAUGGGUUAUGCGCAAGAAUUCCAUGUCGAGAGAUACCUGCGGGAAUGCUUUGUUCCGAGAAUUGCCCCCGUCAGCCGGGAGAUGAUCAUGAGUUUCGUGGCUGAAAAGGUGCUUGAUCUCCCCCGCAGCUACUAAUUGUCAUCCCGUCGUGGCCAAUCCAAACGCUCGUCGUCCAUCAGGAGACACUGCUAGUCGAGAUACCGUACCUCCUUAGAAAUGACAUUGCAAAGCUCAACUUUUACGCCCGCACCCGUCAUUACGUGUAUCCAAAGCCUCUGGUUAUCGCUUAAUCGAUCGUUCUCGCUUUUGACUUCGACGAACAUGACUUCCUUUCGGCCCAUGCGCCACAGAAACAGGUCCGGCACUCCGCUUCCUCUCUGCGCGUACUCCUGGGCCAUCACUUUGCAUAUCGUAGCCAAGGCCUCGCCAUCGAAGCACACCGCGAUUUCUAGCACGUCGUCAAUAUCAAAAUUCC